CUUUAUAGAAAAAGGCUUUCGUCCUGCUUUAUAGAUAAAGCAAAGCAUGGCCAAAUCUUUUGCCUCCAGCUUAAAAAAAGGAAUUCUGUGAGAGUGGCAGUUUAGCGAAUUCCGACGAACAAAGUGGCCCCUUGUUCUUCUGCUCGUGAGAGAACUGGAGGCGGAGCUCCUCGUCCUGUCUAGGCGGCCUGUCCAAAUCGGUGCUCUGACCACGCCCCUACCCGCUCUUGUCCUCCUUCAGCUGCGAUCUGCUCGCACCGCUCUGGACGGCGCCUGCGACCUGUUUGAUGGAGGCAGUACCACUGGAAGAAGUUCAGAACUGUGUGGUGAAGCUGAGGAGCAAUCCUCAACGGCGCAAGAAUCAAGUAUAUGUUGGCUGUGGGGCUGGAUUUGGGGGUGACCGGCCGAUGGCUGCUUUGAAGUUAUUGGAGAGAGUCGAAGAACUUAACUACAUAGUACUUGAGUGUUUGGCGGAGCGAACACUUGCAGACCGCUACCAAGUUAUGCUGUCAGGAGGGAAAGGAUUUGAUCCCCGAGUUAAGGAGUGGCUGUCCAUGCUUCUACCCUUGGCUUUGGAUAGAGAAGUUUGCAUAAUAACUAACAUGGGCGCAAGUAAGACAAUGCUGACUGUAGCUUUGCUUUACCUCAUUUGUUUUGUUUUCCCAAUUAGAUACUGUAAGAGUCUUUCCCAUUUAUUAGUUGAUCCACCUGGAGCACAGAAAGAAAUACUGGACCUUGCUUCUAGUUUGGGACUGGAGAUAACAGUCGCUGUAGCUUAUGAAUCAUCGAUUUCAGGUCCAGAAAACUCAGUGUUAUGGAAUGAAUCAAUGGGAGUGGCAGAGGGAAGAAGCACAUAUCUUGGUGCAGCCCCCAUUGUACAUUGCCUGGAAAAUUACAAACCACAUGUCGUCAUUACUUCUCGGGUUGCUGAUGCUGCACUAUUCUUAGCACCUAUGGUCUACGAAUUGGGUUGGAAUUGGAAUGACUUUGAGAAGUUGGCACAAGGAACAUUAGCUAGCCAUCUUCUGGAAUGUGGUUGUCAACUCACCGGAGGAUAUUUCAUGCACCCUGGAGAUGCAUAUCGAGAUUUUUCUUUUGAGCAGCUUCGGGAUUUGUCUCUUCCAUAUGCUGAAGUGAGUUACAAAGGAGAAGUUUGUGUUGGCAAGGCAAAGGGUAGCGGAGGUCUUCUGAGCUAUAGCACUUGUGCAGAACAGCUUCUGUAUGAAGUUGGAGACCCUGCAAACUACAUCACUCCUGAUCUGGUUGUAGAUUUCAGUGAUGUGCAGUUCCAUCAAAUAUCACAAGACAAGGUUCACUGUAAAGGAGCAAAACCAUCUGAUCUUCGUCGGCCCGAGAAACUCCUCCAAUUGUUUCCUACUCCAAAUGGAUGGAAAGGCUGGGGAGAGAUAUCAUACGGGGGACAAGAGUGUUUAAGGCGCGCUCAGGCAGCAGAAUACCUAGUUAGGUCAUGGAUGAACGAAAGAUAUCCCGGCAUCGAAGAGAAAAUUAUCGCAUAUGUUAUGGGAUAUGAUAGCUUGAAAGCUAAUGGAGGUAACAAUGACAAUCACUCUUCCAAGGAAGUGAUAGAUGUUAGACUUCGGAUGGAUGGGCUAUUUGAGCAGGAGGAGCAUGCUGAUGGAUUCGUUGAGGAGUUCAUUGCACUUUAUACAAAUGGUCCAGCUGGGGGUGGUGGCAUCAGCACUGGACGAAAGAACGAGCUAAUUCUGCACAAGUUGCUGAUUGAUAGGGAAAACGUCUUCUGGCAAGCCAAUGCGAAGAACUCAUCCAUUCAUGGUCCACAGAACCGGUCUACAGAUGCCAAGAAGAAGAAGAGGUACACAGGAAGUUCCGCGACGGGCAUUCAACAACGUUGGAAUACAAAGCUGGACGAACCAGCACCUCCUGUAUCUGCUCCAGCUCCAUCCGGAUCGGAGAUCGCCCUGUACCGUGUGGCCCACAGCAGAGCCGGUGACAAGGGGAACGAUCUGAAUCUUUCCAUCAUCCCUCAUUUCCUGGACGACAUUGGCCGGCUCAGGACAGUGAUCACUCCUGAGUGGGUGAAGGCCUCUCUUUCGCCCCUGCUUGAUCAUUCGUUGUUUCCAGACGACGGAGCGAUCGAGCGUCGAAACAAUCUACUUGAGCGUGUCUUGGUUGAGAUUUAUGAUGUCCCGGGCAUCAGCUCAUUGAACAUUGUGGUGAGGAAUAUCCUCGAUGGCGGCGUGAACUGCUCCAGAAGGGUGGACCGGCACGGCAAGACCCUGUCAGAUAUCAUCCUGUGCCGGAAAGUCAUCUUGCCUCCGUAGUGACUGACAGUUGAGAGAUCACCGGCGCCCAAUGUGGAGUGAGGGGUGUCUAGAAUCAUCUACUGUUGUUGCGAAAAAUAGAAAGGUUGACGUGACAAUAAGACCGGUGAAGAGAACAAUAAUGCCUGUUGUAUGAAACAAACCAAACCGUUAUGUAUGCUCUUAUUAAUCAUUUGGCAUCAUUGGCCAGUUACUUA